AUAUCAUUUUUCUUUUUCUUUUUCAUUUAAUUAUGCUUUUAUUAAGGGUGCGUACCUUGUAGCAAACUCACUGCCUAAGGCAUUCCUUCUCUCUCUCUCUCUCUCACAAAGUUGCAUCCAUGGAAAGCACAAAGCUUCAUGCGGCCAUACUUUCCAGCCCUGGCAUGGGUCACCUUGUCCCAGUCCUCGAGCUAGGCAAACGCCUCGCCACCCAUCAUGGCUUAGAAGUCACCAUCCUUGUCGUCACCACCCAUUCCUCACCCGCAGAAUCCCAACUACUCGAUCCCUCCACCGCCCCCAAACACCUCCGCAUACUCCAACUCCCUCCGGUCGACAUCUCCAGCCUAGUUAACCCGGACACCAAGAUCGUCACACUGCUCGCCAUUAUCAUGCGCCAGGCUCGACCCUCCCUUCGGUCCGCUCUCUGUGCCAUGGAGCACCGCCCAGCCAUGUUCAUCGUCGAUCUCUUCGGAUCUGAAGCUUUUGAGAUCGCCAACGAGUUUAACAUGUCCAAGUACGUGUUUGUGACCUCCACUGCAUGGUUCACCGCUCUAACCAUCUACUGUCAUGUGCUUGACAAGGAAGUUGAAGGUGAGUACGUCGAUCAAAAUGAACCCCUCAGCCUUCCGGGUUGCAAGCCGGUUCGUCCGGAAGACGUAGUCGACCCGAUGCUGGACCGGACUAAUCAGGACUAUUAUGAGUACAUGCGCAUAGGGGUCGAAUAUUCGCUAUCUGAUGGGAUCUUGAUGAACACUUGGGAAGAUCUGGAGGGUACAUCGCUCAAAGCCUUGCGUGAUCAUAAAAUCAUGCGAUCAAUAGUUAAGGUUCCGGUUUAUCCUAUCGGUCCAUUAACAAAACCGGUUGAACCGGCCGGUCCAAAUAGUGAAUUGUUGGAGUGGCUCGACAAGCAACCCAGUGAGUCGGUGAUAUAUGUCUCGUUCGGGAGUGGCGGGACGUUGUCGGCUGAGCAAACCAUAGAGCUGGCUUGGGGUUUGGAGCUAAGCCAGCAGAGGUUUGUUUGGGUGCUACGCCCACCCAUUGAGGGGCAUGGGGGUUCAUCCUUUUUCACGUCAGGGAGCGGCCCAGAUGGCACCCCAGACUACUGCCUGCCUGAUGGGUUCUUGACGAGGACCCACAACGUCGGGGUGGUGGUCCCACUUUGGGCCCCACAAGUGAAGAUAUUGAGCCACCCGUCAGUGGGAGGAUUUCUAUCACACUGUGGGUGGAAUUCCACUUUGGAGAGUGUAAGCAACGGAGUGCCCAUGAUUGCAUGGCCACUGUAUGCUGAGCAGAGAAUGAAUGCAACCAUGCUAGAGGAGGAGCUCGGCGUGGCCGUCAAGCCGAAGGUGUUGCCGACGAAGAAGGUGGUGAGGAGGGAAGAGAUAGAGGAGAUGGUGACAAUUGUAAUGGAGUCCAACAAGCAUGGAAGGAAGGAGAUGAAGGAGAGAGCCAAGGAACUUAAAAAUAGUGGUAAGAAUGCGCUGAGCAAAGGUGGGUCGUCUUACAAGUCAAUGUGCGAGGUGAUUAAUAAAGACUGUCAGCUGAGACUUGAAUCUCAUAAACUCCAAGCCUUACAACAGUAAUUAAGGUGCAAUGGUAUAAAGUAAUAAUGUGACUAAAUUUUUGUAUUAAAUUUGUCUAUUAUUUGACGGAUUCACACUACUAUGUUCAUCUUUCAUCUAUGAAUAGAUGAACGGCAGGUAAGGUGAGGUUUAAUAUAAUAAAUAAAUUUAGUAAAAAAUUUUAGUCA